UUUAUGUCCUAACAAAGGAAAGUGCAUUGGAGUUUGGGAUAGGAUGACUGUUUGUGUAAGGAUUGCCUCUUUCCUUCCAUUAAAGAAAAGAAGAUGAAACUUAGUUAACAAUAACGAAAGGAGUAAAACAGGAAAAGAAAAGAAAAGAAAACUCUCUCAAGGAAGAGGUUAUCCAUAAAGCAGUGGCAGACUGGGUAGUAUUAACUCAUCAUGAAUGAAUGAGCUCUUCCAUACUUCCAUUGUAUACAUCCAAAUCGUCUGACGUAGCAGGAAUUGGGAAUAGGUGGAUGUACUUUAAUAUCCAGACGCUUAAGAGGAAAAAAAAAAAAGUUAGCGCUAGAGUUUGGCAAGAGGACAGUGAAAACCGAGAAAGGAACCAGGAAAGAAAGGAGAGGCUGGUGCGGCUCUUGACAUGCUCAGGAACCGAUUCCCCAACAAGGAAAGACCUCCCGGAACCAAGCCAAGUGAAGUCCAACCACUGAAGACUGUGGGGCGAGAGCCGUGGCGCCUGCGGGGCCUCCGCCAGGUCCUGGGGAUGCUCUUUGCAGAUCCACUCCUCUGCUGAAGCUGUCUAGGUCACUGAAUGCCCGGAGCAUCUCAAAGCGGCAGAGAUCCCAGGCAAUGAGGUUUUCCAGGCUGUCUUUCCCCAUUCUGCUCCUCGGCUGCUGCCUCCUCGGGGCAUCGACAGCCAGGAAGAACAAGGACAGCGCACGGGGAGCGGCCGAGUCGGUCCCUGGCCCCACUGGGGGCUCCUCGGGUCGCUUCUCCAACCCCGAGCAGCAUGCGUGCAGCUGGCAGAUCCUGCUGCCGGCCCCCGGAGACUCAUCCGCUAUGGGUGCCGAGGGAACCGGCGCGGGCAGCGAGCUCGCGGUAAGCUGCCAGAGCCCAAACGGCUCGCGCUACCAGUGCGCCUAUCGAGGAGAGCCGCAGCGCUGCGCAGCGUACAACGCCCGCGGUCCGCAGUACUGGAAGCAGGUGGUGGGGAAGCUGAGGAAGAAGAGGCGGCCCUGUCACGACCCAGCUCCGCUCAAAGCUCGGCUUUGUGGCGGCAAGAAGGGACAAGGGGCUGAGCUCCACCUGGUGACCCGGCCGCUCGACGCCUCCAGUGCCGGGGCCAGCUCGGCCGCCACCGCGCUCCCCGGCGAGGGCAAGGGCAAGAACAAGGGCCGCACAAGGGGCCUGAGUCGUGCCCGGGAGCCCGCCCGCGGAACUGAGCAGGGAGUGAAUCUUCCCCGAGCCCCGCCGCCGUCGGGGACCUCGGCUCUGGGAGGCGUGGCCAAAGAGAAGGGUCCUGGGAAGAAGGGCAACGGGGGCAAACGCAAAGAGACCCCGCCAUCGGACGAGGAGAGGCCCAUGGAAGCUGGGCCCGCCCCGGGGGGCCCGUUGGAGUUUAACGAAGAGUUGACAGAAACCUACUGCGCAGAAAAGUGGCACUCGCUGUGCAAUUUCUUCGUCAACUUCUGGAAUGGCUGAUCCGAAA